ACCCCGGCGGGAGCCGGGAGCCGAUUUCUGCCGCCGGGACGCCGGGGAGCCGCCCGCCGCGGCGCGGAGCCUUGGAGGAGCGGGCCGGGAGCUGAGGGGGGCGGAGGAGGCGGAGGCGGAGGCGAGCGGGGCGCCGAUGGAGCGGGCGCUGGGGCUGCCCGCAGAAGAGGACCUCUUCCACAAGAGCCUCGCCGCCUCGGCCAAGCGCAUGGAGUCCGCCUUCCGCUCGCCCCCGGGGCUCGACCUCUCCCACCCCCGCGACCGCCAGCCCUCGCCGCUCGCCUGCUACGAGGCGGCGGAGCCCGAGGCGCUGCUGCAGCCCGGCGUCGGCGGCGACCCGCUGGCGCUGCCGCCGGGCUCCGUCUGCGUCAAGUACGGCGAGAGCGCCAGCCGGAGCUCGGUGGCCGAGAGCAGCGGCGGCGAGCAGAGCCCCGACGACGACAGCGACGGCCGCUGCGAGCUGGUGCUGCGCGGCGCCGGGGGGGACCCGCGCGUCGCCUCGCCGGCUGCGGGCGGCGGCGGCGGCGGCGGCGGGGGGGGCGGGGGGCUGAAGGCGGCCGAGGGCGGCUGCUCCAACAGCCACGGGCACGGCGGCAGCAAGAAGUCCAAGGAGCAGAAGGCGCUGCGCCUCAACAUCAACGCGCGGGAGCGGCGGCGGAUGCACGACCUGAACGACGCGCUGGACGAGCUGCGGGCGGUCAUCCCGUACGCGCACAGCCCCUCGGUGCGGAAGCUCUCCAAGAUCGCCACGCUCCUCCUGGCCAAGAACUACAUCCUGAUGCAGGCGCAGGCCCUGGAGGAGAUGCGGCGCCUCGUGGCUUAUCUCAACCAGGGCCAGGCCAUCUCGGCCGCCUCCCUGCCCAGCUCCGCGGCGGCGGCGGCUGCGGCGGCGGCGGCGCUGCACCCCGCCCUCGGCGCCUACGAGCAGGCGGCCGGCUACCCCUUCAGCGCCGGGCUGCCCCCCGCCACCUCCUGCCCGGAAAAAUGUGCCAUUUUCAACAGCGUCUCCUCCAGCCUCUGCAAACAGUGCACGGAGAAGCCUUAAGCGCCGCCGCUGCCGCCCUCCCCCCCCUUCCCAAUGCCGCCGCGGCCCCGGGGAGCGGCGACAGCCGGGCCGGGGGGCGCGGGGGCAGCGAGGGGACUGCCCGGCCCCCGCCUCCCUCCGCCCGGCCUCGCCUCGC